AUGGGUCACAAUUCUGCUGCCCCUGGCCGGGCCCAAGUGCCUACUAACGCUCCCGCGCCCGCCAACGACACCUCUACCUCAUCAGCUGGCAAUACCUCGUCUGGAUACGAGUCUGGCACGUCUUCUUUCGAGAACACUUGUAACAAAAACCGUAGCCUUAAAUGCACCAAGGCGUGUUGCAAAGGCAAAGCCAAGGCUAAAGAUCGCCGUGUCAAGAUCGUCACGUCCAGCGAAGUUGAAUCCUCCGAAAAUGCAGAGGCUGCCAAGUCAGUUGAGGAUGACACCACUGACAUCGCCUCUACCGACCUCGAGACCGCGGUCAAGUACACCAAACCUUCUGUUGCAGACCCUAACUGGUCGAUCUCUGAAGAUUAUCGUCUCCGAGGUAUGAAGGAGGCGGGCGAGACCUGGAAAUUCAUCGCAGAUUCUCUUUGCAAACCGAAGAAUGAUGUUCGAGCUCGUUGGAAGAUUCUGCAGAGCCAGACUGUUGCUUCAAAGGCCGCUUCUGAGCCCGAGACCGGAGAGGCUACUACCACUGAGCCUGAAACUGGUGAAGCCACCACUGACCCCGAGACUGGCCAAGGUUCUACCGAAUCCGUUCGUGCCACCGAGGUAGCCAGCGGUCACGAAACCACCUCCGACGUCAAGACCAGUGACCCUGAUGAAGAGUCCGAGGAGUCUAGCGAGGAUGAGGACGAGAAUGAGGACGAGAAUGGAGACAACGACGAGGCUGAUGGUCGAAUCAAAGACACCGAAGAAGACUCUAACUUUGCCCCAAACUCAAAGGGCAAGACUCACGCCAAGACUAUCGUCAACAACAAGUGGCAUCGAGGCACUCGCAACCCCAAGGUUGCCAUCGAGAACAAGUGGGCAAAGGCCCGCGCCAAAGCGAAGGCCCAAGACAACGAUGAAUCGCCCGUGGAGUCAGGCCAGGAAGCCUCUGACAACUCAUCCGAAGCAUCCCCACAACUCGCCUAUGUCGAUCCUGAAAAGCAAGAACAGAUGAAGUAUCUCCAUGAAGAGAUAUAUCAUGAGAUGUACCCCGCAGACAUUCACCCUCAGCCAGAUGCAUAUCUGAACGAACGUGAUUGUGCUCUGCUGUCAACCAUUGAUAGCAAGUACAAGCAAUCUCGUUGGCUUGAAAUGCAAGCUAAUUUUUAUAAUGUCACCGGUCGGAUGGUGCCCCUUGAGGCAAUUCGGGACAGAUGCGAGCGUGCAGAGGCCGAGAAGGAAGCACGCUCCGAGGCUCGGAAGCUCCAGAGACGCAUCAAGAAAGUCGAAAACUGGAUGGAAGAUCAGGUUGACGAAGAGUGA